ACUCAGAAUUCGUAUGAUUACUACUCAAAUUUGAUAAACCAAAUAGAUUCAUAAAACAUAUCUCUGCAUUUAAAUAUGAAAAUUUCAAGCUACUUAGAGGAUGAAUAGUCUUAUUUAAAUAUUUCUUAAAUACUUUCUGAUGCCCAUAAUGCUUCUAUCCUUUCCUUAAAUUUUUCUAAUUCCCUAUUAAGGAAAAGGAUGAUCUUUAAAAUUAUUAGUUAAAGGCUGCAAGAGUAUCAUCAAUUAAGAGUUUUUCAUCUAAACAUAGGUUUUACUUAUAUUCCUAAUUCUACUAUGGAGAUUUUUUUAUCAGGGCUUAGCAAAUGCAGGACAAUAACUAAAAUAAAAUUAGAUUUUUAAAUUGAUAUAUUCAUUAAGAAGCGUUAGGACCAAAAAGAAGAUAAAAAAUCUCUACCAAACGAUAAAAUAGCUUAUUUGGUAGCUGAUCGCUUAAUUAACUGUAAAAAUGUCUAGUACAUAUCAUUAAACUUUUCUUAAAUUUAAUAAAAAGAGCAAGAUUAUAAAUCUUUCUUUAAGACAUUAAAAAAUGGACAUCAUUUCAUAUCUAUAGAAUUAAUUUUAAACAACUGUAACUUAGACGACUUUUAUCUGGAACAAAUAGGAUAUAUUUUAUAUGAAAAUAAAAAUUUACAUACAUUCUACCUACAUGUUUCCAACAACAACUUUAAAUCUAUGAAUUCUUUAUUUAAAAUAUACAUAAAAUAAUCAAAUCUACAACUUAAAAAUCUAGGAUAGUCAGAUUUUGCAACAAAUAAACUUCAAAAUUUUAAACUAGUUGCUAGUGGAUUUGAGGCAAAUGAACAAGAAUUAAUAUAGUUUAUACAAACUUUUAAAUAUUUUUCAAAGCUGAAAUCAUUUGAAUUAUUUAUAAGUUCAAAACACAAUAAUAUUUAGUUGUUUACUAAUACUUUAUUGAGUAUUAUGAAAAAUUUAAUUUGCAUUUCACUAAAUUUUAAUAUGCUUGGAGAUGAUUAACAUAUGAUAAUGCAUCAAAAAAAUAGGUUUUUAAAAUACUGGAGGAAGUAAAAAAGAAUUGUAUGCAUCAGAAACCUUACAAUUUAAUAGUGA